UUCGUUUCUCUUUCCGUCUAAAAAUACUACUGUUUAUACAAUUAAGCCGAAAUUAUACAAGAUUAUACUUAUCUCAUCUCCUAAUUCAUCAUUUGCUAGUGUCAUUGAAACCAACAAUAAAAACAGUCGUGUGCAUCACUGUACAGAAAUGUUUUUUGACUUGGUGGGCGUCUCCGUAGCUUUCUUAACCAUCCUCUUUGCUUACUUCAAAUGGCGCUACCAGUACUGGGGGCGAAAAAACGUCCCUUUCCUCCCUCCUACAAUCCCUUUUGGCAAUUCUAACAUUUUCCGGCGUAAGGAAAACGGUGCUGUGCGUUUUAAAAAAUUCUACGACGAAAUGAAAUCCCAAGGGUGGAAACACGGAGGUCUCUACACCAUCCUCACACCCAGCUAUCUCGUGAUCGACUUGGACUAUUUGAAAAAUAUUAUGACCAAAGAUUUCGAGUAUUUCACCGAUCGUGGGUUUUACUACAACGAGAAGGACGACCCUCUUAGUGCCCAUUUGUUCGCAAUCGGGGGGCAAAAGUGGCGMAAUCUGCGAACUAAACUAACCCCGACUUUCACCUCCGGGAAAAUGAAACAAAUGUUUCAGACUUUAAUCGACUGCACGCCUGGUUUAGUCGACCAAAUCGAUUCGUUUUGUCUCGAAAAGGAAUCAAUUGAUAUUAAGGAGGUUUUGGGGUGUUUUACCACGGAUAUCAUCGGGUCGUGUGCUUUCGGGCUGGAUUUCAACACCUCCAAGGAGAAAAACUCCCCUUUUCGGGAGUAUGGACGCAAGGCUUUCGUCCCCACGAAAUUCGAUAUAAUUAAAAUGAUUCUUGCGAUGAGUUUCCCCCGAGUUGCACGCGCCCUUAGGUUAACAUUGACCAGAAAAGACGUUUCGGAUUUUUUCCUCAAUGUGGUGAAAGAUACAGUAGAAUACCGGGAGAAAAAUAAUUACAGACGCAAGGAUUUUAUCCAAUUGUUGAUCGAUUUGAGGGAGGAUGAGGGGCAACAUGACGGGAAAACCCUCACAAUUGAGGAAAUCGCGGCUCAAUGCUUUGUUUUCUUCAUCGCCGGUUUUGAGACUUCUUCCACAACAAUGACUUUUGUUCUUUACGAAUUGAGUCGAAGGCAGGACUUGCAAGAAAAACUCAGGGAUGAAAUUAACACAGUUUUGGGCAAAUAUGACGGUCAUGUGACAUACGAAGCCAUCCAAGAAAUGAAAUAUAUGGACCAAGUCAUAAAUGAGGCUCUAAGGAUGUACCCACCAGUCCCCAUUCUCAGCCGGAAAUGUGUCAAAGACUACAAAAUCCCAGAUCAAGACGUUAUUAUUGACAAAGAUACCACAAUUUUUAUCCCAAUUUUGGGAAUCCAUUAUGAUGAGGAGUAUUAUCCUGAGCCUGAGAUCUUUGAUCCUGAGAGGUUUAGUGAAGAGAACAAGAAUUCAAGGCAUAGUUAUGCCCAUAUUCCGUUCGGUGAAGGGCCAAGGAUUUGUAUAGGAAUGCGUUUUGGGCUAAUGCAGACCAAAGUUGGGUUGGCAACCCUGUUGAAAAAUUAUAAAUUUACGGUUGGGAAAAAAACACAGGAGCCGUUGAAGUGGAAAGUUGCGUCGUUUGUUUUGGCGGCUGAAGGGGAAGUUUGGCUCGAUGCUGAAAAGUUGUAAUUUUUAUUGUCUCAUCAGUUUUACUUUCUAGUUCUAUUUCUUUGUUGUUUUUGUAAUUUUAACUUAAUUUUAUUUUAAUUACGAUUUACAUUUCUUUUGUGUUUGUUACAAGGAAAUUAUAUCAGCUGCAAACAUGUUAAGAAAUUUUUUAUAAUUUUUUUUCCUUUCAAGGUUCGAUUUUAAUAAAAAAUAAUCACAUCAAAAUUUAUUUUUUUUUAAUUUUAAAGUUUUUAACUCCACGGUUUUUAUACAGUUUUAAGCAAUUUUUUAAAGACUAUUAAAAAAAUGAUAAAAACUACAUUUCUUCACUUGUUUAAGCACACUUAAAUGCAAAAAUUACAAAAUUUAGGUCAAAAAUGUCGCUGUUUUCGAGUGUUUUCAACCAAGAGCGCAAGUUUUUGUUAAAAUCCACUUAAAAAUACUAAAGUACCUUGCAAAUAGUAAUUAUUUUGUCCUUUUUUGAGCGUUUAAGCAAGUUUUACGAAAAUUUUUCAAAAUCAUUAGUACAUAAUAAAUUAGGUAAAAAUGCCACUAUUUUUACCAGUUUUUUUGAAAGUUUUAAUACGUUUUUAGUCAGAUACGCAAUUAUUAAGUCAAUUUUUAUCAAAAAUAAGUCAACAAGUCAUGAAAUUAAGUCAAAAAUAGUGUAGAUUUUGCCUUUUUUCAGAACGCUAUAAUUUAUAAAUUGAGUUUUUCAGCGAGAUUUUGCUAAAUUUUGCACCAGGAGCGCAAGUUUUUAUUAAA